AUGAUUGUUGAAGCUGCUAAGGUCUCAUCGGUUGGAAAAGUGUCCAAGUUAGCACCAGGAAUAACGGCUACCUGGCAAAAUAAUUCUCGUGAACGAUGGCGUUCUCAAAUAUUACAUAUUGGUUAGUUUAAAUAUGUGUAAAACCCUUUUACAAAAUAGAAUCUUUUUUAGGAACUGAAUCUGAUUGUUCGAAGGUUUUGAAUACGAUUG